GGGCCGCAUGUGCCCCCGCGCUGGCUUUGUACGCCGAGCCGCCUGCCGGUCUUUUAACAAUGGGCGGCGCGAGCGCCCCGGCGCUGGGCCCGAGCUGAGGCCGGCGCUUUGCGGCCGACUGUCCGCAUCAUGAGCGGGGCCGGCGUCCCCCGCACGCCGGCGGGGCUGGGGCUGUGAGGGCCGCGGUUCCGGGUAAGGGAGGCCGCCGUGGGGACCGGCAGGCCUGUGCUGGGCGCGGGGCACCGGACCCGCCCGGCCCGGCCUUUUGUUCGCCUUUCUGGGGCCGCGCGAUCCCGUGCGCUGCUCUGGACGAGGUGGAGGCGGCCUGGACUGAAGUUGCCGCGUCUGGCCAGGCGCGUCGCCGGGUCCCAUGGAGCUGGAAGGGCAGUGGUGGCGGGGACAGCUGGCCGCCGACAUUCAUCAAGCGCUUCGAUACAAGGAGCUGAAGUUGCCUUCCUACAAAGGCCAGUCCCCUCAACUAAGUCUCAGAAGGUAUUUUGCUGACCUGAUUGCCAUUGUGAGCAAUCGCUUCACUCUCUGCCCUUCUGCCCGACAUCUGGCUGUCUAUUUGCUGGACUUAUUUAUGGAUCGGUAUGACAUCUCCAUCCAGCAGCUGCAUUUAGUUGCACUUUCCUGUCUGCUUCUAGCAAGUAAAUUCGAAGAAAAAGAAGAUAGUGUGCCUAAGCUGGAACAGCUCAACAGCCUGGGUUGUAUGACUAACAUGAAUCUAGUAUUAACAAAGCAAAAUUUGCUACAUAUGGAACUGUUAUUAUUAGAAACCUUUCAGUGGAACCUCUGCCUUCCAACAGCUGCCCAUUUCAUUGAGUAUUAUCUCUCUGAAGCAGUACACGAAACAGAUCUUCAUGAUGGCUGGCCAAUGAUUUGCUUGGAAAAAACUAAACUCUACAUGGCCAAGUAUGCAGAUUACUUCCUGGAAGUAUCUUUGCAAGAUUAUGCCUUUCUAAAUUAUGCACCUUCUUUAGUAGCUGCUGCCUGUGUGGCUUCUUCAAGGAUUAUACUUCGUCUUUCUCCAACGUGGCCUACAAGAUUGCAUCGUCUUACUGCUUACUCCUGGGAUUUUUUAGUGCAGUGCAUUGAACGGCUAUUGAUCGCUCAUGAUAAUGAUGUGAAAGAGGCAAACAAACAGAGAGGACAGGCAGGAUCCCAGCCAGCACAGCUGAGUGUGUUCCCGUCAGCUUCUCAGCCCUCGCGGCCAGUUCACUUUCAGCAGCCUCAGUAUCUCCAUCAGACGCAUCAGACCUCACUGCAGUAUCGCCAUCCUGUAGCGGAACAACCAAGCUGUCAGCAGAUUGUAUCCACCACACACACCUCAUCUUACACACUACAGACGUGUCCUGCUGGCUUCCAAACUAGUGUUCAGGGCCUUGGGCAUGUGCAGACUGGUGUUGGGAUGUCACUGGCAAUACCAGUAGAAGUUAAGCCCUGUCUGAAUGUUUCUUAUAACCGGAGUUAUCAGAUAAAUGAACAUUACCCUUGCAUUACUCCAUGCUUUGAAAGGUGAUUUUAUGUGAAGGUAAUACCUGACCCAGACUGUUUGUGACUUGAAGCUCUGGGGCAAGCUUUUUGUAAACUUCUCUUCAAAAGGAAAGGGAUCCAGAUUGCAUCAGAACUCUUCAGAUACCAGCAUCUGCUAGGAAGACUGAAAAUCCCUUUCAGUGCGCCACGAACACCUGGGAGGACCGAACAAACACCGCAAACACUUUAACAGUAUGUAUAUCAAAUCCUGUUAAAACACAUCCCUAUAAUGACAAAAAUUUUCAAGCCCUGGCUGAUGGUCCAAAUAUUUCAAAAAUAUUCACUACAACAAAAUUUGGACAGACUCCAAAUCGCCAUUUUGAGAUUGGCCUGCGGUGGGCUCUGGGCCCAGUGUUGGCUUAUAUGUCAGAGACUAAUGUUUAUCUGUGGACUUGCCAAACGGUCUUUUUAUGAAGGAAAGUUACAGUAUUAAUUUUUGAAGAAGUCCUUUUUUUUUUUUAUUCUGCAGUUUUGAGUUCCAUUUUUGAUCCACAAAUGAAUUUUUUACUAUGUUUAAACUCAUGAAUUGCUAUUCUAUACCAAUCUGCAGUAAAAGAAAAAAAAAUUUUUUUAGAUGAUUCUAUAUAACUUCCUAUCACAAUAUAAGUAUCUGGAUUCAUGUACUAAGAUUAAGGAUGGAUUAGAUCUCUUAAAAUCAUGUUCAUAAGUUUUUCUUAUUUUUUCCCCCUAAGUGAUCAACCUCAUAUCUUUAGAAUUAAAACACAUUUAACUCAGGGAAUUUGUACUACUUGGAAACACUUAACUGUAAUGCAACAUGUUUUGGGAAUGUUAUAGUAUGAACUACCUUUAUAACAUAGGUUAAAAUACUCUUGGCUAGGAUGUGUUUUCAAAUGAGAACAUAAUUGUAGCGUAGAACGAAUGAAGUGGUUCCUGUCAUUCAUGAUACAUACAGAGGUUUUGCAUUUCUCGGUGCAAUCAAUGAUUUAUACUCAGAAUUGAUGUUACUCUAGAGGUUUUUUCAAGGGAAGGCUUGGCUGUAAACUGUCAGUACUAGAAUGAAGUCCUGUAGGUUUAUUUUGAAAUGGAAUGUGGCCAGGGUAGUUCUCAGGUUGUGCUAGAGCAGCACUUUGUUACGUGGAAGACAAGUUUUAUAAGCAGCCUUUCAAUCCAGCCAGUCAGUGUAAGCAGGCAAAGGAACUGAUGACUAAAUUUCAGUAGCCACUUUCAUUACAUCAGCCCCAGAACUGCCCUGGGACAUUUCACUGUAUUGGUCAUGAGUGAAAACAGCAAUAAUAAGUCAUUACAGCAAGGGCAAUUUGGGGGAAAGAAUUCAGAGGGAAUAAAACGUAAAAAGAAAGAAAGCAUUGUAAUAACUGAAACUGUAUACAUUGUGCUCUUAUCUGUGGGGGAACAGAUUUGGUGGAGGGAAGCUUUCUGAUUUAAAAAUUAGUAAGGUGUGUUUUUUUGUUUUGUGUGUGUGUGUGUGUGUGUGUGUGUGUGUGUGAGCGUGUGUGUACAGUGUUUUUAAAGAUAGCACUUGAAUAGAAGGGAAAUUGCAUGGCAGGUAUGUGACUGCCACAAUAUGCAUUGAAGACAAUAUUAUAAAUGUGUUGUGGGUAUGCAGCAGGAGUCUCAGUAAUCAAGCCAAUGGCUUUUGUUAGGAAAGGAAGGGACUCAACGCAGUAGUGGACUGAUCCAGAUGGCUCCAGUGGAUAAAUGUGGGUGGGUGGCUUCUGCCAGCAUGAAUUCUUAGAGAAUGUCCUUUCCUUAAAAGAAUGGUAACUUGUAUAAUAGAGUACAUAGGGCAUGAUGUGAAUUUAUUAGUCUGGUAGAUUAAAAACCACUCAGGUAAGAACACUCACUCAUGGCAGUUUUGAAGCAUGAAAAUUGUUUUCUGAAAGUAUCAUCACUUUUCCUCUAGAAGGCUGCUAAUUGGAUUUUGGUAGUUCUUACCUCAAGAGAGCUUGAAUUAUUUGGGGGAAAGUGGGUUCAAAAGAGAAGAUAUCUUUCACAUUCAGAACCCAGCACCUGGAGUCCGAUUUUCAGUAUUUUAACUACCUCAAUAAUGCUAUGAAUGUAAGAUACUGGGAUAGAGAUCCCAACUUGAAACAACAGCCGGUGCCUAUGGUAAUUUAAUGUCUUGUCAAAUGCUUUUAUUGAUUGGUUUAAAUGUCAUUCUUGUUAUAGAAGAAUAUGCCUUUUUAAAAACUUAUAACACUUUCCCAGUUUAUAUUUAAAAAAACUAAACACUGGAUUAAUUUGGGGGGGGUAGAAUAAAAUAAUUAAUUGGUUACUAUUGCUGCAUACCCAGGAUGGGGUGGGUGGGGUGAUUGGAGAAUCAGAACUAUUUUUAAAACAUUAGGUUUCAAUAUAAAUACAACUCACAACUGCUAGCCUUGGGGGACGGGGGUGGGGGGAGUUGUGUGGGUUUUGUUUUGUUUAAUUUAUUGGUUAGUCUUUAAAGUAGGUCUUUUUUCUUUCUUUUUUUUUUUUUUUUUUUGAGAUUACUGGACCAUCAUUAAAUGCGUACUGUGAAGAGAUUAAUGAUAUGUAUAAAGGGCUUUACCAAAGUCCACUAAAUAAACACUACUCAAGUACAGACUGCAAACCAAAAUGUAUCUGUGUUGUGACAUUAAUUGCAAAUAGCGAGUAUGGUGCUAAAUUCUACACCAAUGGAAUUAGAUGAGUGCUAUGCACUUAAUUUUAAAAUAAAUCUAGUUUUCAGUAAAA